AUGCGUCAAUCCAUUGCUAUCCUCUCCAUCCUGGCAAGCGCGGCUUGUGCUGAAGACGUCGUCAGCUUCUUUUUCCCUGGUGGCUACGACGGCAUCGACCCUGUCGCAACCAUCAACACCGCCAACCCCUCCACUACCGAGUUCCACAUCGCAUGCCCCACGGGCGUCGACGAUAGCGAGUGCGGCUGGGGCCCAGGCCUCGAUGUCACCAUCCUCUCGCAAACGCGCUUCCAAGCCCAAAUGUCUACCGAUACGAUAUCCAUGAGCCUCGGAUGCGACUACAACGAGAAGGCAGUCGAGAUGACUUGCACGGUGAACCAGCUUGGUGGCAAUGACGAUACGGGCGGCAAACCCAUCACUGCGACACUCUCCAGCGAUGACGUGCAGUUCCUUUCUGCGACCGUCGUUGCUGGAAACAGCCUCUUGACUCCUGCCGCAAGUGCCGCGACCAGCAUGACUGCCUCAGCGCAAGCUGGCAGCACUAUUGCUACUACUAUGAGGAGUGCUAGCACGGGCGCGAUGACACCCAGUGGAUCUAUCAUGCCGACUAGCACCAUGGCUUCCGCUUCAGCGUCUACACCUGCUGCCAGUGGAUCUGGAUCGGCGUCCGCGUCUCUGCCUGAGAGCACCGGUGCCGCUCACAAGUACGGCAUUGAGGGCUCGGCGCUGCUAGCCCUUGCUGGUGCUGCUGCGCUGAACUUCUGGUGA